AUGAAGGUGGAAUCCACCAAGAGCACUGACGAGUGGCUCGGCUUGUCCAAAUAUGUGAGACCUUCGCUGUCAGAUGCUGGCCACCAGAUCCUGGGGGCAACGAAGAAGUCCUACACCUACAACGCAGAGCGUGUGCUGGGCAGUGGCUCUUUCGGUGUCGUUUACCAGGCUGUUGUGGUCGAAACUGGUGAGUCGGCGGAAAGCUGA